AGCUUAAAGUUUUUAAAGUGCAAACAAAAUAAAAAAAUGGAGAAAAACUUGAGAGGAAUUUUUACAAUUGGAUUAUUUCUGGCUCUGCUUAGCAGUGGACAGACGCAUUUGAACAUCUUUUUGAAUUUACACGAGGUUCUGCGGCUUAUUGGAGUCUCAGCGGAACUUUACUAUGUGCGAGAGGGAGCCAUCAAUGAUUAUGCCUUGAAUUUCGCAGUGCCAGUGCCGGCGAACAUAAGUGAUGUGACCUUUACCUGGCAAUCACUAGUGGAUCAUCCAUUGCCUUAUAGCAUCAAUAUAGCCACAUCGGAUACGGAUGUAUUACCCAGACCUUUGCUGAAUAUAUCACGUAUUGGUGAUGUGCCCAUGGAACCGCAGACUUGGGGCAUAGCUCUUAAGUGCUCGGGCACACGAAAUGCUGAAGUCACUGUGACCAUUAAUGUGGAAGUUAUAUUGGAUAGAACGACCAAUAAUAAUACAAAUCUUAUAUUCAAACGUAAGAAAAUCUGCUUGAAAGAGGAACAGGAUAGCGCUCAUGAGGAGUAUGAUGAUGACGAUGUGGUACAUCCGGCCUUAAGUGGUGGACACGAUGAUAUCCAUUAUGUGGAUCAUAAUGAAGAGCAUGUCGUGGCCAAUGGUCAUUUGGCACCAAAUGGAGCGGAUCAAGAGAAGGAGAAGCAGCGUAAUGUAGUCACAGAGCCCCAGCCACCGGUGACAGUGGGUAGAGGCAACUCUGGUCGCGGUUAUGAUCCCAUGUUGAGAGAGAAUCUUGUGCCACCGACAAGUGGUUUGAUUACUUUAAUUGUUGGAGGUAUACUUGCUUUGGUCUUGGUCUCCACUCUCAUCCUGAUAGCCUAUUGUGCCAAGGGUCCAUCGAAAAGGCAUCCAUCGAAUGGUGUUCAUUUGAUUAAGACAUCGAGUUUCCAACGUUUACCCACCAUUUCAUCGACCGCUCACAAUUCUAUAUAUGUCUGCCCAUCGACCAUAACACCCACAUAUGCCACACUGACGCGGCCCUUUCGCGAAUAUGAGCAUGAGCCUGAGGAGUUCAACCGCCGUCUCCAAGAGCUGACAGUCCAGAAAUGUCGUGUCCGACUCUCCUGUCUCGUCCAAGAAGGCAACUUUGGGCGCAUCUAUCGCGGCACUUACAACGACUGUCAGGAGGUAUUGGUUAAGACUGUGGCGCAACAUGCCAGCCAAUUGCAAGUGAAUCUAUUGCUCCAAGAGUCCAUGAUGCUAUACGAGGCCACACAUCCAAAUGUAAUGUCCGUUUUGGGUAUAUCCAUUGAGGAUUAUGCCACACCAUUUGUCCUAUAUGCGGCCACUGGUAGUGUUCGAAAUUUGAAGACUUUCCUGCAGGAUCCCUCAUAUGCACGUAGCGUGACAACCAUUCAAACAGUAUUGAUGGCCUCUCAAUUGGCCAUGGCCAUGGAGCAUUUGCAUAAUCAUGGUGUCAUCCACAAGGAUGUGGCAGCUAGGAACUGUGUUAUUGACGAUCAAUUGCGUGUUAAGCUCACAGAUAGCUCUUUGAGUCGCGAUCUCUUCCCAGGCGAUUACAAUUGCUUGGGCGAUGGCGAAUAUAGACCUAUCAAGUGGCUUUCUCUGGAAGCCCUGCAAAAAUCUCAUUACAAUGAAGGCAGCGAUGUUUGGUCCUUUGGUGUUCUAAUGUGGGAGAUGUGCACUUUGGGCAAGCUACCGUAUGCCGAAAUUGAUCCAUAUGAAAUGGAGCAUUAUCUUAAAGAUGGCUAUAGAUUGGCUCAGCCUUUCAAUUGCCCCGAUGAGCUCUUUACCAUUAUGGCUUACUGCUGGGCAUCUAUGCCAGCUGAAAGGCCUUCGUUCAGUCAACUGCAAAUCUGUCUAUCGGAAUUCCAUACCCAGAUUACCAGAUACGUUUAACCAGCGGUGCUGCAACAUGCCAAGACUUGUAAAUACAACAAGAGGCGACGUCGUAAGAUUUACCAACAGGCUAACACGUCAGCCACAUUGUUUCCAAAGACAUAUUUCACGGGGGAUAUAUAAGUUACCCAGAGGAUAGCAACCCCCUUCCCCCCACACACAAAAGUAAGAAGAAACGUAAACAUAAUAAAAGUUACUUAUUCUAUAUGCACAUAAUAAUGAGGGCGAGAUUAAGGAUACAAUAUACAUAGAUUUCGCUCUCUAUAUGUGUCUAAGUUUAGUAUUUAGUUUAUAGUAGGUUAGAAAGAAGAGAGAAAAUGUGACAUUUCAAUGCAAGAAAAAACAUAGAAUUUACAAACCCAAACAAGAAAAGAAAAAAUGACCCAGUAAACUAAAUAGUAAUACGUAUGUGGCAUAUUCUCAAUAAACAAAAAUAUACAAAAAAAAAAAGAAGAAAGAAUAACCCAAAAUUACACUCUAAACUUGGGUGGAAUUUUGUCGUAUUGUAGUAAUUGAAAUGAUCGUGUUACAAGUUCGUCAAAUAGCAUCCAAAACAAUACCUUAAUAAUAAUUAAAAAAUAUAUAUAUAGAUAUAUCUAUAUGUAAAUGUAUUAAUGUGUAUGUAUUAUGUGUAAGAAAUUGUAGCUCUAUCUAUUUAACUAAUGUUAGAUAAACAACAACAAAAAACAACAAUGGUGCACUGAACAAAUACAGAACAGAAAUUCACCCAAUCCCCUUCCAGCUCCUUAAGAUUAAAUUGAGUUGUUAUCCUUUUUGCCCCCGCCCACUCGCAACUUUGUAAUAUACUUAACAAAUACAACAAACAAAAAACAAAGAAUACAAAAAAAAAAAGCAAACGU